AUGGUUGUUCUCAAGGCAGAGUCGGAAUGGGGCCAUGCGCCGCCUCCCCAGACACCAUAUAGCAUCAUCAGCAACAUACCCGGAUGGGACAUGUUGAAGGGCGUCCGUGACGGGGAUAUGGCUCCAUUAGCCAGAGUCGUACACAUUUAUCCUCGAUUGUCGCCGACUCACCAUGUCCGCACACUUGCAGGAGGCGUUGCAAAGGGAGUCGGCCUCGAGGGCAAAGGAUGCAUGGUAUACCUUGACCCCGUCAUGUGGAAAUACACAGCCAGCCAUGUUUCGCACCAGCAGCGCCAGCAAUUUGCCAUCUCCCCGGACAAGUUGACCUUCAAGGUCGUCGAUGUGGCCGGUCAUCGCCUCUAUGCUGUGCUGUUUGAGCCAGAGCACGUCAAGGCGCUGAUGCUCAGCUGGGGCACUCCGGGCAUCGGAAUCUCCAUCAGAGGAGCCGAGCAACUUCUGGACAAGAUUGACACCUUGACUGAGGUGCCAUUUGAGAGUCCAGAUGCUCCCCCCGAGCCGACCUGGACGCCAGAGGGCCCCUCACACGAGCCGCUGAAACGGCGCAUCGUGGAGCUGCUCCAACAUGGCGCAAUCGAUCCGGACAAGGUCAAGUGUCAGCCCAAGGACGAUUACCGCCCUGGCUUCGUCAAUGUCGAGCUGGGUAUCGUAUUCCACAAUACUCAUGAGCUCCUACACGAGGAAAGCCCCGGGGGUUGGAAGCAUGCCCCCAAAGUUGACAAGGAGGGUAUCGAUGACUUGGAAGCAUGGCUUGAGAGCCAAAAGAGCAAAGGAAGCGGUGCGACGUUUGUAAUUGUCGAGUAUCCAGGCAAUCCAACCCUUGACACCCCCGAUUUGCCUCGUCUAAAGCAACUUGCUGAAAAGUAUGGCUUUGUCUUCAUCGUGGACGACACCCUGAGCUCCUUUGGCAACGUUGAUGUCCUCGCGCAGAGCGACAUACUCCUCACUUCUCUCACCAAGUCCUUCAGUGGCAAGUCCGACGUCCUCGGCGGAUCUAUUGUGCUCAAUCCUCUCUCACCUCACUACGCUGAGUUAUCUAAGCGAUUCACCGAGUCUCACCACAAUCAGCUUUUCGCGGCGGAUGCCGAGGUGCUCCUGUCCAACUCUGAAGAUUACUUUGAGCGGACGUCACGUCUCAAUGAUAAAGCCCGUAUCAUGGCCGAAUUUCUUCACAAAAGCAUCGGCCAACCUGACUCGCCGGUUGUCAACGUCCAGUACCCAAGUCUACUACCGAGCAAGGUCAACUACGACGCCUUCAAGCGCCGUAGUACAGCAGAGCUUCCGAACCCGGGAUACGGAUGUCUCUUGACAGUAGAAUUUGACAGCGUCGAGACGGCCAGGGCAUUCUAUGAUCGCUGCGGUUUCUAUCCCUCUCCCCAUCUUGGUGGGCAUGUCACAAUCAUGCUUGCCUAUAACAUGUUUAUGUUUGGCAAGGAUAAGGAUGAGGCUGCGGCGUUGCGGCCAUGCGGCGUCAAGGAGGAGAGUGUUCGGAUAUCAGCAGGCUUGGAAGAUACCCAAGACUUGUUGGAUACGCUUCAGGACGCUCUCAAUGUAGCUAUAGAGGCGAAGAAGGGAAGCAAGACUCAGUAG